UGGGUUGGACAUGCGCGGUGUGUGCGCGGGGCAUCGGGAGCGCGCGGGAUCGGGCGCGAGCGGCGGCGGUUGAAGCGGCGGUUGACGCAGCUGGAGCUGGAGACCGGGCCCGGGAGUGACCGGCUCGUCCUCACCCGAAUCUGUACUUACUGUUCCAAACGUUUUCGCUUAGACAGCCGCCGCUGGGAGAUUCGUGCCACCAAAAACGCCACCGCGUGAUGGCCACGGUGGCCCAGUCUGACGGACAAUGGCAAUGAGCGACUCGUGUGAGGCUCUGACAGUGACAAAUAACCGCGAUGGCCAAGAUAAAGAGAGAGAUCACACGGAUACGAGGACUCUUCCGAACCCGAUCACCUGGCCGUGCCCAGAUGGUUCCUUUGUGAAGAAGAUAUUACAGGUUGGUAGCGGGCUAGAUAGACCCAAAGAAGGAUCCCGGUGUCGUGUAUGUGUUGAGGUGGACCCCACAAGCAGUUUUGACUCGAGUCAUUUUCCGAUUGGGAUUAAUCAGCCGGUGGACAUCGUUCUUGGGGAGAGCGAUACAUGGUUUGCAGAAGUGGUUGAUAAAUGCGUCGAGUCCAUGCUGCAGGGAGAGCGUGGCGAAGUGCUGCUGGCUCCAGGUUUGACGGAGGCAGGAGCUGACCUGGCCGCCGGCCUGAGCUUCACCGUGACCCUGGAAGAGUUCACCACGCACAAGGACUCGUGGGCGAUGACGUUCAAUGAAAAGUGGCUCUCCGCCAUGCACCACAAGGCCAGGGGCACGGAGCAUUUUAAAAACGGGAACCUCUUUGGAGCCACGCGCCACUACGCAAAGUCGCUGAGGCUGCUGGUGUCGGUGAAGUACGAGGUGCCCCUGGAGAGAGGGGAGGAGUACAACAAGGCCCGCUGCGCACUCUACUCCAACCUGGCCGCCUGCCAGCUGAAGCAGAACCAGCACACCAACGUCAUCCAGAACUGCUCAAAGGCGCUGGAGAUCGAGCCCAACUCGGUCAAGUGCCUGUACCGCCGGGGACAGGCAUAUGCCUCCAUCAACGAGGUGGACAAAGCCAAGAGGGAUUUGCAGAGGGUGCUCAAGCUGGAGCCGGGCAGUACAGCUGCCGCACAGCAACUCCGAACCCUCACUCAGCAAGUCCGAGCUGACAAUGAAAAGCUGAGCAAAGCAAUGAGUAAGCUAUUCAGCUAGGGCUGACCACGCCGACUAUCUAUUUGUUGAAACUGUCUUAUUUAAGAAAUAAUUCCUGAAUACAGGACAACUUGACGUUUUUGGAUCGUGUUUACAAAGGAUGUUGGAACACACAAAAGUGUUGGAAUAGCACAGCAUCCCAGGAGGACAUGGAUAGGUGGUGUUUCGGGCAGGACCCCUUCUUCAGUCUGAAGACAUGUCCCAACCAGAAACAUCGCCAAUCCAUGUCCUCCUAGCUCGCUGAGUUACUCCUGCACUUUAUGUUAUGCAGAUUCCAGCACCUGCAGUUCUUUCAUGCCUCGAUGUUACUGUAUUGUUGUACACUUUGUGGUCAUAGCCACGGGUAAAGUUGCUUUGCUCGAAAUUCCUCAGCUCAUUCCGUAAUGUUUGUUGAUAAAUUUGCUGGGAAUUUGUUCGUUAUCCCGAUGGUCUUGAAAGCAAAGCAACUGGCUGAUCUCCUGAGGUUUUCGAUUGGAGAUAGGGUGGAGCUUGAAACACUGUGACAAGAUUUAGCUGCUAACUGGAAUUGUCACCCAUUGCUCCAAUGUUUACUGCUGUAUGGUGGUCUGGUUAAUCUCUGAGACGAUGCUGGGUUUAACUGGUGUUUACAUAUUGCUUGUCUUAUUGCAAAUUUCUGCCUUGCUUAUUUGGACAAUCGUGAUGUGUUGUGUACAACCAAACUUAAAUAAACUUCCAGAUUUCCUGUGAAA